CUGUGCUGGUUCAAAUAUUUCUGUUGUUCCCUCUCAUUACACCUUGGGUUCUGCCUGGAGUCUGUGUGCUACGAAUGAUGAAAAUGAUCUUAGAUUAGGAAUUAUGAGGCUAUAUGAUGUGUUGAGAUCCAGUUUUUGCAUUACUUUUGACCAAGACUUAUUCCCCUGUGUGAUAUCCCACUGAGAUGGAUUAACUACAUUCUGGACUCCAUUUUUGCAACCUUGAAAAACAUGACCAUGUUGCGCAGAAAAAGCGAGUUUUUUGUUUUCCUGGACAGCGUUCGUUCUGUGAAAUCAGAAAAAGAAGAGCAAAAUGAAGAGAACCAGCUGAGCCCUUACGAAGAGUAUCUGCAGGUGCUACUGCAGAUGAAAAUGACCAGUGCUGAUCAGUUUGACAACUUGGAGAAGCACACACAGUGGGGGAUCGAAUUUGUGGAGAAGUACACCAAAUUUGUCAAGGAGAGAUCAGAGAUCGAAACCAACUAUGCAAAACAAAUUAGGAAUUUAUCAAAGAAGUAUCAACCCAAGAAGAACUCACGAGAAGAGGAGGAGAGCAAGUUCACCUUCUGUCGAGCCUUCCUGACAACACUUAAUGAGUUAAAUGACUAUGCAGGUCAACACGAAGUCAUAUCGGAGAACUUAACAUCUCAAAUCAUCACCGAGCUGUCACGUUACCUGCAGGAGCUCAAGUCUGAGAGAAAAGCGCACUUCCACGAUGGGCGUAAGGCACAGCAGCACGUUGAGAGCUCAUGGAAACAGCUGGAAUCGUGUAAAAGACGGUUUGAGAGAGACUGCAAAGAGGCAGACAGAGCACAGCAAUACUUUGAGAGGAUGGAUGCUGACAUUAACGUGACUAAGGCUGACGUGGAAAAGCGAAGUUCACUCAAGGCACGACAGCAAGCUCAGAUGAGACACCAGAUGGCUGCUGACAGUAAGAGCGAUUACUCCUCCUAUCUGCAAAAGUUCAACCAGGAGCAGAAUGACCAUUACUACACAAUUAUCCCCAACAUAUUCCAGAAACUUCAAGACAUGGAGGAGAAAAGAAUCGAGCGGCUAGGAGUGUGCAUGAAGACGUUUGCAGACGUGGACCGCCAAGUGCUGCCCAUCGUGGGGAAAUGUUUAGACGGCAUGACGAAAUCAGCGGAUUCCAUCGAGCCCAAGACUGACUCUCAGCAGGUGGUGGAGUCCUACAAGUCUGGAUUCGAGCCCCCUGGAGAAGUGGAGUUCGAGGACUACAGCCAGGCCAUGAAGAGGACGGCGUCCGAGACCAGCCUGUCCAACACCAAAGAGGCCAAGGAGAGGCCUGCUGGCAAGAGCAAGGGCAAACUGUGGCCUUUCAUUAAGAACAAGAACAAGCUUAUGUCCCUGUUAACGUCCCCCCACCAGCCCCCACCUGCCCCCCCAGCCUCAUCCCCGCCCUCACCCUCUACUGUUCCCAACGACCCCCAGUCUCCCAAGCAGCACAAGGAGCCCCUCUCCCACCGCCUCAACGACUUCAUGGCCUCCAAACCCAAAAUGCACUGCCUCCGGAGCCUGAGGCGAGGGCUUUCUCUCAAGCUGAUCACACUCAAUUCCCACGUCCGGAAUCUCAUUGAGGGUUCUGGACCAGAAGACUUCAGCCACCUACCGCCAGAGCAGAGAAGGAAGAAGCUCCAGGGAAAGAUUGAUGAGUUAAAUAAAGACAUUCAGAAAGAGAUGGACCAGAGGGACGCUCUUACUAAGAUGAAAGACGUGUACGUGAAGAACCCUCAGAUGGGAGACCCCGCCAGUGUGGACCCCCGACUAUCAGAAAUAGGCCAGAACAUCGAGAAGCUCCAGUUUGAAUUGCAGAAGUUCGAGGGCUGGUUAGCAGAGGUGGAGGAGAGGAUGCCAUCCAAGAGCGACACACACCGGAGAAGUGGGAUCUUCGAGACGCAGAACAACACGACAGUGAGCAACAACUGUGCGCAGGACAGAGAGAGGCCCUUGAGCAGCCCGGACGGCAGCUACACGGAGGAGCAGAAUUCAGAGACUCAGGUCAAAGUCAGCACCCACCCCGUCCCCACCACCAGCACGCCGGAGUUUGACGAUGAGUUUGACGACGAGGAGACCUUGCCCACCAUCGGCACCUGUAAAGCCUUGUACCCCUUUGAAGGUCACAACGAGGGCACCAUCGCCGUGACCGAGGGCGAGCUGUUGUACGUCAUAGAGGAAGACAAAGGAGACGGGUGGACGCGAGUGCGCAGGAACGAGGACGAGGAGGGAUACGUCCCCUCGUCCUACGUCGAGGUCUUUUUGGAAACAAAUGCCAAAGAUUCCUAAAAGUGUGGGGCUGGCUGAGGAAUGGCAGGGCAAGCACGCCUCGGAGAUACCACCACGUUCCUCACACGCUCAAAGUGAAAGACGACCCGAGUCUAAAGAGACGACCCAUAAUAUCACAUCUCAAUUUCCAAAAAAUUAACUUUAUCAGCACUGUUGCGCUUCCUCUGCUAAACUCUGCAAUGUGAAGCAAGGAUAAGAGAAUUUCAUCUAAAUUUUAGAGCUCAUAACCUUUUACCUUCUUAAUAACACCCAUUCAGAAGUCACAGACCACAGUACACAUCUUCUUUGUGUUGCUUUCAGCAAAGCUUCGCUUCUUAAUGUAACUAACUCCGCUUGCACCACGCGCAGUCAUGAAAUUUGGCUUUUGGCUUCCUCAGACUGAGCGUCACCCCUCUUUUUCCUUACCUUUCCCCCGUUACACACAUGGCAGAGGGUGUGGUCAGAGAGAAGAUGGAGACCACCAGGAGCCUGCGGACAAAAAACCAGCGGGAGAACCCAUGACACCCCUCAUCCAGUAGUGUGUGUGUGUGUGGGUCAUGAACUCCUCACUCACUCACUCAUUGACUUCAUAAAGAAUCAUCCAAGGAUCGUCCACCUUCAUAAGAGGCUGUAAAAACCUCAUUCACUUCCCCCUGCUUCCUUCCCACUAAAGUAACUAAACUCCACAUUUGCAGGUUUCACCCACCUGAAAGAACAGGAAGUGAAGGUGCUGAUCAUCGGUUUCUGUGUCAUGUGCUUCUGGUUUGUUUGAGUGACCUGGAUGCUUGUAUGUUAUUUUUAACGGAAUUCCAGUUCCAGUAUUUUUCAACCUAGGCCCCAUAUAUAUAUAUAUAUAUAUGGCACUUACAAAAACGUUGCCUCCACCAGCAGCUGUGACAGCAGUGGCUACAAUGUAAUCUUAUGGGGCAACUGCGACAGCAACUAAAAGUGCUUUUUUUCACCAAUAAAAUCUGGAGUCUGGUAACAUUUCACAUGUCGCUCAACGAGAAGUCCCACUCUGAACUGUGCAGCAGCUCUUUGUCCCUCUCUUCAUUUGUGCUUCAGUUUGUAGGAGAUUUUCGUCCAUAUCCUCCAGCUCUAACUUUAACGGGACACUUUGUGGACUGUCGCAGUUGCCCCAUAAGAUUACAUUUAAGCCACUGUCAUUGAGUUACGGCUGCCGGCAGAGGUGAUCAUUUCUACAACGUUUUUGUAAGUACAAUGGUUAAAAUUCCCUUUUAAGGUGUUGUGUGUCGUAAAUGUCCAGUUUACUCCACUCCCACAUUCCCAGGACCAGCUGGAGGAAAAAAGAAGUGAUGGAUGAUGUGGUCAUUCACCAUCACUCUCAUCAUCCACCGGUCUUCCUGUCUUGUCACUGGUGCUUGUUCUUCUCUCUGACCACACCACCCUAAUCACUUCCACGGCCCCUCCUCCCUCCUCAGGCGGCUCAGGCUUACCCUUGGCUGCUUUCAGCCCCAUUCCUCCCCUGCCCCUCACCCUCUUUUUUUUUUAUUUGCAACAGCUCAGGGGCGUUGUGGUGUGCUGCAUGCUUGCCCUGUCGUCCUCCUCGCCCCCCUCUGCUGGUGGCCCGGAGGAGUUGGUACUGGGCGUGUUUGGUCAAGCUUAUGCGCCCCCUCCCUCCAGCCUUUCUGUUCAGUUAACCCUCAUUGCCUGGUCGUACUGUUUCAAUAACCUGGAUGCUACUGUUUGGGUUCGGUGCCUGUGGUUUUUUAAAAUGUCUUUUCUGUUGUUGGUUCAGAAAGCAUGUUUCCCCUGUUUGUUUGUUUUUUAACAGCGAGUGAGUGAUCACCUCCUCCACAGUUAAAUCUCAAAACUGCAACAAGGACCUGAAUUCUUUUUCUGAAUGAUCUUAUGCAUAGAUAGUUCAUGAAAGUCUCGUGCAUUUGUUUGACAGUCCAGUAUGUAUGUAAAAAAUGUUAGUAUUGUAUGUUUUCGAUCAGAGUGUCUAACACAAGUUGUUAGUUUACAGUUGAUCACCUUGUGCUUGGUCCAAGCAGCAGUCAACCCAAAAAAGAAAAAGAAGAAGUUAUGAUUUACACCUGAUGUGUUUUUAGGAUGGCCCGCCUACUGCCUAUUCUACUGUAUAUGAAAAUAUACUGUGAUUCAUCUUCCUGUGAACUUGUGACUGAAGUGUGACAGAAAUCACCUGUUUCGGGGCUUUUCACCCGUUUUACGUUCGCCCACUGCGAGAGAGAAUGAUGCAGAUGUUUCCUGUGAUGUGGCGAAAGGAUCAAGAUGUGAUUUAUCUCAAAAGUCUCGGGGGCAAAUUUCAAGACUUUUUUUUUUUAUAUAAUCACGAGGAAUUAUGCCCACCCCUCCAACCCACCUUCCUGCUCAACGGCACAUAAUGUAUGUGAUUUUUAAGAUUUCUGUUUUAUAAUUUUAUUGAUCUUAAGUUGAGAUUCUGCUUUCCUGGUUUUAUUUUAAGCUGGAAAUUAUUGUUGUAGCUUUCUUUUUUCUCUCUGCCUGAACGGGACUAAAAUCCCUUUUAACUGCAAAUAUAACGUAACAGUUGCGUUGCUUGUCUUUUUUUUUUUCUUUGGAUGAAGCCAUUUGCUGAAUAUUCAUCUGAUGCAGAAUAUUAUGAACACUUCCCAACAACGAUGAGUGAUGGACACAGACAGUUUGGACUCUUGAUGGAAGGAAAGAUCAAAGCCCUGCUGAAGCUUAAAAAUAAAAAAUACCAUGUUCGCUUUUUUCGCCACCGUCUCAAAAACGUCAAGAUAUCAAACACUUGUGUCGUAUUAUUUUUCUGAGUGAAACAUGACAAUAUAAACCUGACGAGGUAAAGACCACCACUUCAACGGCAGCAAUAGUUUUAUAAUGUCUGCCUGUGCUCUACGACAAGACCACCACAAACCUUUCAGUUGACUCCCCUGAAUAACCGCCUGUACAGAGGAAAUGGCGCGAUGGAAUUAGAGAGAGUAUAUAUGAAUAUAUAAAUAAAGUUUAAAAAGGACAAACAUCUAUUUUAACUAUUGGAGAGUCUUGCCAUGACUUCUGCUUUGCAAAGUAAGACUUCUUUUUCCUUUGUGAGGUCUACCAAAUGGUGUGUUUUGCACUUUUUCGUUUGUGUUCCAUUUGGUAGCCCAUGCUUGUGUUUUGGAGCACUGAAUACUUUGUAUUGUGUUUACUGUGCCAAUUAAAUAUGCCUGGAAAGUAAA